AAUACACAACUAUGGCUGACUGAAGUGUUUUUCCAUCUGGAAGGCUUGCCUGAACAGUGAUGCUUUAUCUUCACACUAGUACGACAUUAGGUAGCGAGCUGUAUUUGUGAAUUUACAAACUUUAUUUCGAGUUAUUCAAAUGCCGACUCAAGUUACGUUCUAGACGUCGACAUUUUGGGCAUACAAAGACCCGUCUGCAACCGUCAUGGAGUCCCAAGAAGCACUUGGGUUUGAUCCGUCUAUGAACCGCCAUAGACCUGCAUCAGAAAAAACACAGGACAUUUCUCAUCUAUUAGCAAGCAUAUUUGAAGAUGUUUACACUACGGAGAUUAUUGGGAAAGACACAGUUGCCAAUCUCACCAAGACAAGAAGGGGAGGCAACACACACCAUGACAAAUAUGUGGAAGAUCUUCAACAGGUGCACUCAGAACAUAGGAAGCGUAUGAGAGAUGCUGAUAUGCUAGAGAACCACAUCAUCCAGGCAAGGGUCCAGGCCACAGCCACAGAGAGCCAGGUGCAUGAUACGGUGGUGGAGGAAAUGGGAGUGUCUUACCACCAUCUUGGCCUCCCUGCAGUCAAAUCCACAUUCAAGUGGUGUGUGAACAAUGGAGUCCUUGCAAGCAACAACCUGAUCUGUCCACAGGACUACAUAGUAGAACAAGCCCCACUGGGGAAAGCACCAAGAGCCAAGUCCACACGUGGUUUUACUAAUCCAACCAUGGUCUACAACAAGCAUGUAUGCAACCGGCCCCAGAAUGAUGACUUCACAGUGAUCCUGUCUACACAUAAAACUGUCCGGAGUCUGCUGGAAGAGUCAGAGACUACCCUGACCCGAACUUCCAGCUCUGUCAGCUGCUUUGCCAAGUGCAAAACAAAGGAGGAGGCCAGCACUAAGAGCCAGACAGAGGAGAUGAUCACACUGCAAAAACUGAAGGAUCGCUGCAAUUUUUUGUGCGACCCUAGGUACAUUUCUCCCCAUGCGCGGCAAGGCGGAAAAUCCAUUGUCCUGCCAGGGAAGGUGGACAAGAUGUUACAGGGGGGAAAACAUGUGGCGGCAGAAAGCUCCACAGCUCAGCCUGUCCCAGUUUUCCUUGCCAGUCCACCUGUUGUGUUCUUCACAGAUUACAGAGUGGGACAUGUGUAUGAGACGACAGUGGAGCUGAGAAACCUGACCACUACUAGCCGCUACGUCAGAGUGCUUCCACCUCCCACUACCCACUUCUCCAUUAGCCUGGGAAGGUUUCCUGGUGAGGGGGGUAUUGUUGCCCCUGGUAUGAGCUGCCAGUACACAGUGCGCUUUGCUCCAGACUCAUUGGCAGACUUUGAAGACUUCCUGGUGGUGGAGACUCAAGCACAGUACCCACUCCUGGUACCUAUAGAGGCUCGCAGGCCCCCACCUAUACUCACAUUGCCCAGUGUUCUGGAAUGUGGCUAUUGUCUGGUGGGAGGUGUGAAGUUUGCUGAGUUUCUGUGCUGCAACGAGGGGCUCAGUGCUGGGACCUUCUGCAUAAUGCCCAAGAGCCAAUGGCCAACCUCUAACCUCCGGUCGGUAGUAAAAAACAGCUUUGCUGAGCAGCCCCCCUUUGGAGUGACCCCCUCUCUCUUUGAACUGCAGCCUGGUCAAACUGCAGUGGUGGAGGUGGUUUUCUUUCCCACCACUGCGGAGAGCUGCUCCCAAGUGUUCACCAUUGUGUGUGACAACUGUCAGGUCAAAGACAUCACCAUCGAAGGUGAGGGUCAGCUGGUUCUCCUAGAGCUGGUGUCUGACCUGGGUGAGGAGGAUUGUCCUGCUCAAGGGGAGCUGUGUGAUCUCACUGCUGAGCACCAUGUUCGCUUCGGUCCCGCCAACCCUCACUCUGUCCAGCAGAAGAAGCUUGUCAUUAAGAACAACACUUGUCUAGAGCUGCCGUUUUACUGGCAGAUAAUGAAGCCUAAUCUGCAGUCUUUGCUUCCUGGGGAGAACCCUGACACCUCCAACAUCCACUACCACCUGGCCACAGAUCUGGGGUUUUAUGUCAGCCCCACCACAGGUAUUCUGGCCCCUCUCCAAGAGCAUGAGUUCCUGCUAAGCUACAACCCUCAAGAGUUGAAGGACUACAAUAGUGUGUGCCACCUGGUCUUGAAAGACAUCCCAGAUCCGUCCAAGGAGCCCAGUAAUGAUUGGGCCCCACGCACUCUAAAUACAACAGCUGAAAUGAAAGAUGUCAUUGUGAUGGAGAUAGAGGUCAAGGGGACAACAGAACCAUUUAAAAUCUUUUUGGAGCCAUAUUCAAUUCACAUCCCAGGAGAGCUCUUCAUUGGUACUACCAUCAACAGAAAGUUUAAGAUGUGGAACAACAGCAAAUCCUUGAUCAGCUUUAAAUGGGAGAGGAAGAUUGAUUACCACAUUAUGGAAGUAAUACCUCCUAAUGGAGAAUUGGAGGCGAAUGAGUGUUUUGACCUGGAACUGGUUCUUACUGGAGGGAGAGCAGGUAAAGUUGCGACCAGCUUGCAGUGUCAAAUUAAGAAUCACAACAAGCCUGUCACUCUCAACAUAACAGCCACUUUCAAGGGCCCUCAUCUGUCUCUGAGUGUUCCCAGUGUGGAUCUGGGCCUGUUGAGUCUGGGGGAUCAGGCCCAGUCCAAGGUGACCAUACUCAACCCCAGCCAGCUGGAGGCCUGCUGGACCCUGAGAGAACUGGCCAACAACCUUUCAGACAAAGAUACACAGAUCACAGUGGAGCCAUACAGGGGUGUGCUGCCUCCCCUAGCAUCCCACAGUGUUCAUGUGCUCUUCAGACCAAAGGCCUGUCAACACUUUGAGACAAUACUGGAACUGGCUGUGGAACAUGGUACUGGAUGCCACCUCUUGGUGCAGGCGGAUGUCCAAUCCCCCCAAGUGUGUCUGCUGAGCUGUGAGCUGAUCUUCUUAGAGCUCUAUGUGGAGGUCCCUGCCAAGACAACUGUGACAAUGUUAAACCAAACCUUGCUUCCUGCACAGUUCACCUGGAUAGAGUCUCCACUCCAUGGUAGACAGGCAUCUCUAUGCUCGGCCACUUUCAACCCCUCAACUGGUACUCUGGGCCCAAAUGCCAAGAUGGAGAUUACAGUGACCUUCACAGCUCACACAGAAUUGGAGCUGACUGAGGUAGCAGCAGUCUGUGAGGUUAAGGGGAUGAAAGAGCUUUUGAUUCUGGGCUUUUUAUCUAAAGCCAAGAAACUCUACGUGUCCCACUGUCUACCCGGAGAUUGCUCGAUGUCUGAUGAUAUGGUCACUUCUCCCUUGGUGCUUGACUUUGGAGAUGUUAACUUGAGAAGAGCAGUCACCAAGCAGUUGAUCAUAACUAAUCACACAGCUAUACCUGCUCCAUUCAAUGUGGAGGUUGAAUACUUCACAGGAUACAACCCCUCAAAAUUAGCUGGCCAAUCACAUAAGAGAGCUUCACACAUGAGGAGACCACUACACUCCAUUGUAAAAACCAUGAAGGUUGAGGAGAAAGAACAUGAAAAAUUUGUGAGCAGGCUCCUUGCUGAUGGGAAAGGUUUGGCAUUCUUUGUCCAGCCUGACUCUGGGAUGCUGGGGCCCUUUGAGACCCAGACAAUAGACAUCACUGCCUUUACCAACAUGUGGGGGGAAUAUCAAGAUCAACUCAUUAGCAAAGUUGGUGACCUCCCUGCUAAGCAUAUUUCUAUGCAGAUAACAGUGAGGGGGUGUCCUCUGUAUUUCCAGAUGAUAGGGCCACAGCCAGAAAACCAAAAUGAAGGGCCAAUCAUACGGUUUGGCAACCAUGUAUCUGGAGGAGACACAGUGUCUCGCUCCCUUCGGCUCAUCAACACCAGUCCAUUUGAUAUCCGCAUGGACUGGGAGAGCUACAAUCUGAUGCAGUGGGACAUGAAGCUGCUUGACGUGGUGGUGGCUUGUGGGGAUGCGUUUCCUCUGAAGGAUGCUGAUGGUAAUGAAGUGGUGGACAGGACUGAUUACAUUGCCCCACCCACUUGGAAUUGGAGCCACACUCCUAGCUCUGAUGGAAAAAGCUCAUCUCUUAGCAGCCAGUUUAGAGAGGAAAUAAUUACAAGUGAUGAAGAUGAGACUGUCGAUAUGAAAGGGAGACUUUAUCGAACGGCUGAAAACAAAAAACUGUUCUCUGUCUUCAUUAUACCGCAUGAGGGCAACGCUGCAGACUAUCCAUACUGCAUCACACCACAGCAAAUAGUGGUUCCAGCAGGUGGUAGUAUCACUAUCCAUGUGUCCUUCACUCCUCUGACUAUUACAGGACCGUAUAGCAAUCCAGAUUGUGUGGGCUUUGCUCUGGGAUUUAUGAGUCUGGACUUUAAGGUGGCUUCCUGUGUCUCAGGAAAAGUCCAGCGAGCACAGGGCCGGGAUCUGAAACCUCUGAGACUGAAUCUUCAAGCCUCUGUCAGACCUGCAGUGCUGUCAGUGCAGAUGGAAAAAGGUGAGGAGACAAUGGAGUUCUAUGCUGUAUCCAGUGAUUUACUGCUGGAGGACACAUACACUGAGGUUCCUUCAGGGGCUUCGUACUUUGAAGUGUAUCCUUCAGUCUUGAAUUCAUGAAUUCAGAUUCAGUCAAAUUGCUUAGUUAGAACUAACUGUUGUGACUCUAAUCCGUCUACAAAGAUUGAGCGACGGUUUGUCUCUGUGUCUCUGUCUGGAUUCAGGAUUUGCAACUCGGCAAAUUGCGUUGCCAAGCGCAAGAGGAAGGAAGCUGGAGGAGCUGAAAUGCAUGAAAGAUCCUUUGUUACAGUUUUUCAAAUCAAAAGAAAAAAACAACAGAUUAUAAGGGAUUUUGGAGAGAAAAAACUUACAAGACAAGAAAUAAAGAAUACAUCAAACUUGGCCAAGAAAUUAUUCAUGUCAGGUGGAUCAAAUAAAAAAAAACAUAAGACUGAAUAAAAUACAAUAUUAUUACAAUACAAAAUGAAUGCAGUAAAUUAUCUGGGUGCUAAGGUGUGCACUGUCAAAGAAAUGGUGCAACUUUGGCUGAAGGCCACAAAGGACAUUGCAGCACAUCAGGCCAGUGUUAUGACCAGAAUCAGAGUUGUGUCUAUUUGCCAAGUAAGUGUUCACAAACAAGGAAUUUGCUGUGUUGGGCAGGUGCAUACAAUUAACAUAUAAUAAACAAAUUG